AUGAAAAUCCUACAUCACAAAUCUAGGUUCCAGUCUCCCUGGACAAUAGCCGCCUUUUUUAUGCUUAUAGUAUCAGUUCAUGCGUCAUGGACACUUCGCAAAAGGGACAAAUCAGAUGAACCUGGAUAUUACUGUAAUAAUAAUAGAUAUCUAUUCACUGAAGUCGAGAAACUUCGUAAAACAGCUUGUAGAAGCUUCGUUUUGCCGAGCCCGAAAGCGCGACGGCCUGUCGUUCACUUUGAAGAAAUUGAAAACGAAGAUAUGAUAUUUGAAUGGUCUUUUCCUGCACCUAGACGUGUAGGUUCCGGCGGGAGAGUUAGACCUAUUUCGGAUAAAAUCAUCUUUGAUAAUAGCUGUGAGCUAAAGGAUGUUGUCUAUUACAAUACUAGAUCAAAAAAGUUUCAUUCUUGUGAAAAAGUACCAGAGAUUCCCAAAAGUUCGACAUCGGAGACCGAGCAACUCCCCAUAAUGUCGUCCCUACAAUGUGGAUCUUUGUCAUUUGAUAUUAGAGAGAUUCAAGAAUCUGCGUUAAGAUAUUUAUUAAAUUCACCGGAAAAAUUUAAGGAAGUGAAGGAUACGUCAAAUCAAGAUGAUGGUCCAUGGAAUAGGGCGACCUUGAUCAAGCAAUGCCCCGUGGAAAAUACAGUAGACAAAAUUAAAUACGAAAUCAUAACAAAUAAUCAAAAUGAAGUUCGUGGCGUCGCUGUUACGCAUCAAAUAAGUCGGAGACAAAAGGUAGGCAAUAAUUCAGCUCAAGGUGUUUAUAUCCUCCCUACUCCAAGAAAGACUACAACAAAGCAUGUUAUCAACCUCGUGUGCAUGUUUGACAUUAAGUUUCCGCUUUUUUUUGGAAAUCAAGAUCAUAGACCAAUCAUACGUCGUAAACGCAAGGCUCCAGCAAUGCUAGGCUCCGACUAA